AUGGCGACGACACCAAACUCAUCAGCAUCGUCUGUCACAGCGACACACCCUGACCUCGAUAUCGAGGCCCAGCCUACGAGGACCAAGGAGGGUCACUUCAAGCUCCUGUACGACCAGGCCGGCGUGACCCCCGAAGUCCUCAACCACACGUACCCCGGCGAGGGCACUGCUGAGUCUCCCUAUCUCGUUGACUUCCUCCCCGAAGAUGUUCGCAACCCCAUGACCUUCAGCCAGACCAAGAAGUGGUCCAUCACCGUGGUCAACGCCGUUGCGACAUUGGCCGUUGCUUUCGCCAGUUCAGCAUACUCGGGCGGUGUCCGCGCCGUCAUCGAGGACUUUGGCGUGUCCCAGAUUGUCGCCAUCCUUGGUGUCUCUCUCUUCGUCCUUGGCUUCGCCAUCGGUCCCCUCCUGUGGGCUCCCAUGUCGGAGAUCUUUGGUCGCCAGCGCCUCUUCAUCGUCACCUUCUUUGCUCUUACGGCUUUCAAUGCCGGCGCUGCUGGCUCUCAAAACAUCCAGACGUUGAUCAUCCUGCGAUUCUUCGGAGGUGCUUUCGGCUCGUCACCCCUGACGAACGCUGGUGGCGUCAUUGCCGACAUGUUCUCUGCGUCCGAGCGCGGCAUGGCUUCUGCUCUGUUCGCGUCAGCUCCCUUUCCUUGGCCCCGUUAUUGGCCCUAUUGCCCGGUGGCCUUCCUCCGUGCUGUCGAGCUCUCCCGCCAGACCGGCAAGCACUACCUCUCAAAGCAUGACCUCCGCAAGGUCCCCCAGUUGACUGCACUCAUGCGCCCUUGGGUCCUGCUCUUCUGCGAGCCCAUUGUCACUCUGACGUCGAUCUACAUGGCCAUCAUCUACGGCACUCUCUACAUGCUCUUCGCCGCCUUCCCGAUUGUGUACCAGGUUCACCGCGGUUGGACCCCCGGUAUCGGUGGCCUUGCCUUCAUUGGCGUUGCUGUUGGCAUGAUCUUCGCCGUCAGCUACUGCAUUUACGACAACAAGCGUUACGCUGCUGCCGUCAAGGCCGCCGGUGGUGCUGCUCAGCCCGAGGCACGUCUCCCUCCCGCCAUCAUCGGCUCUGUUCUCCUUCCCGUCGGCCUCUUCUGGUUCGCUUGGACCAACGGCCCCGAGAUUCAUUGGGUCGUCUCCAUCAUCGCCUCUGGCUUCUUCGGCGCUGGUCUCGUCCUCGUCUUCCUCAGUCUCAUGAACUACCUCAUCGACUCGUACGUCGUCUUCGCCGCCUCGGCCCUAGCCGCCAACAGUGUUCUCCGAUCGCUCUUUGGCGCCGCCUUCCCUCUCUUCACCAGCAACAUGUACGACGACCUUGGCAUCCACUGGGCCUCCACCAUUCCCGCCUUCCUCGCUCUGGCCUGCGUUCCGUUCCCCUACCUCUUCUGGCGCUACGGCAAGGCCAUUCGCCUCAAGUGCAAGUAUGCCGCCGAGGCCGCUGCUGUGCUUGAGCAGAUGCGCGCCGGUGCUGCCAAGCCUCCCGUCGUGCGCGAGUCUGACCAGAUUAUGGAAGACGACAUCGAAGCUGAGCGUGAGGAGGAGAAGCUGCGUCGCGCCAGCCGCGCCAGUCAAGGUGGUGUUCUGUCUGACGAUGAGCGCACUGAGGCCGGCGACGCUUCUGAGGAGCCUGUCGGCACCAAGGAGAAAUGA